UUUUAAUCGUCAUUUUGUAUAUAUUAUCUAUUUCUAUUCUAGUCCUUCUGUGGCCUUACUUAAGGAUGGUGGGUUGGUGCCUUGCUACAGUCUCAGGGCUAAGGUUUGCACUGACAAGCCUCUUACGUUGGAAAAUGGGACGCAAAGUGGCUGCCAUUUUUGUUUCAUCGAGAAAGGAAACUAGCAAGUGUAUGUCAUGUCGGCUUUGUUCGUUGCUUGGCAAUCUUGAACUCUCCUCUCUUCCUUCAUUCCGAAAUAUUCUUUACCUCAGGAUGUUCAGCUUCUCUAGUCUUCUGCCCCUCAUUCCACAGUGUUCGGAGUCAUAUAAAAUCUCAUUAAACAGCGUAUAUAAAUAAAUGCAUGUUAAACUUCUAUACAUCUUUCAUCGCAUUCCGCCAUUUUUCUCAAGCUGAUAACACUAAUUGCUACGAGUUUACAGGCAAAAAUACGCGAUUAAGAUCUGUCCAUGGCGGCAGGGGAGCCCCGGUCUUUCGAAUACACACCAACAUGGGUUGUGACCGUCGUCUGCUUUAUCAUUGUUCUCAUAUCUCUCGGGGCUGAGCGGGGUCUUCAUCGACUCGGAAAGUUGUUCAAGCACAGGAAGCUACACUCGUUGUAUGAGGCAUUAGAGAAGGUCAAGGGAGAAUUGAUGCUUUUGGGGUUUAUUUCCUUACUCUUGACGGUGUUUCAAGCUCUAAUAAGCCAUCUCUGCAUUCCUCAUGAUUCUGCAAACAUCAUGCUCCCAUGCAAGCUUAAAACUGGGGCAUCCUCUGGUGGUUCUGAGCAUCUUGACAUCGCAAAACAUGGGAGGAGGCUUUUGGCUGAGGAUGUGAGCUUGGAAACUUGUGCACGCCAGGGAAAACUCCCACUGUUGUCGCUGGAAGCAUUGCAUCAGCUUCACAUCUUCAUAUUUGUGUUGGCUGUGGUUCAUGUGGUCUUCUGUGUUACCACCAUGCUUCUAGGAGGAGCAAAGAUAAGACUAUGGAAGCACUGGGAGAAUUCAAUUAGAAGCGAGACAUCACAACCACAUAGGGCUCAUGCAAUUCAUAUCCACCACCACCGAAUAUUCAAGGAGAGAGCGGGGAGAUAUUGGAGAAAGUUUGCUGUUGUGAGUUGGGUGGUAUCGUUCUUCAAGCAGUUUUAUGGCUCAGUCACCAAGUCAGACUACAUUGCUUUGCGAAGAGGAUUUAUACGUGCUCAUUGUCCCUCCAUGCCUCACUUCGAUUUUCACACUUACAUGAUGCGAACCCUCGAACAGGACUUCAAGAAAAUAGUUGGUAUAAGCUGGUACUUGUGGGUCUUUGUAAUGGUCUUUUUGUUGAUGGAUUUGGCAGGGUGGCACUCGUACUUCUGGCUAUCAUUCUUGCCUUUAGCACUAUUACUUCUCGUGGGUGCUAAAUUAGAGCACAUAAUUACUGAAUUAGCUCAAGAGGUUGCAGAGAAAAGGAAUGGAGAAGCUGAUGCUGCACCGGUGAAGCCUUCUGAUGAACUUUUUUGGUUUCAUAGCCCAAAUCUUUUCCUAUACUUGAUUCACUUCAUAUUGUUUCAAAAUUCAUUCGAGAUUGCUUUUCUUUUUUGGGUUUGGACCACAUAUGGGUUCAAAUCAUGCAUUAUGGAAGAAUUGGGAUUUAUUAUCCCAAGACUUGCAAUAGGGAUACUUGUCCAAGUUCUUUGCAGUUACAGUACCUUACCUUUAUAUGCUUUAGUCACACAGAUGGGUAGCAUGUUUAAGCAAACCAUGUUCGAUGAAUACAUACACCAGCUUAUUUUGAAAUGGGCAAGGAGGACACCUAGUUCCGCCGCCGGUGAAAGUCACAGGUUGGCCAGCCAAUCUACGGAGAGCAUUCAUGCUUCUGAGCAUCCAACUCUUGAUGAUGCUAUUGCAACAUCAGUAAUUGAGCUUAAUCAUCACAACGAAUCUCAAACACCAUUUUCAUGAUGAUCUUUUAAUUCGAGGAAGAUGAAAACAUAUCUAACAGAGGAACUAGACCAAGCAGAACAAACUGGGCAACAGUUUGAUCGGAGUAAUCAUGCUAUGCUGCAACUUCCCAUGUAUUGUGCUUAGUUAUUUCAUGUUAU